AUGAGAUCUUGGGAGGAGCAAGCUAGGCAGUUCUUGUUGGAGGAGAAGGAAGAGGAUGAUGAGCUAUUUUUUGUACUUGUUCCUGCCAUAAUUCCGUACCUACAAGAAGAGAAAAUGCAUGUGCACACAUCUUCUCUUCCUGGUGCCAAAAAGGUGAAGGAAAUCCUUGAAGGGCACCCGAUUUGGUGUAAAGUUGAGUUCCGAAUGGAGCCUGAAAUAUUUAAAGCAACAAUGGAUUUUCUUAGAAGAGAGAAUUUGCUCUGUGAUACAUGAGGUAUUGUUGUUGAGGAGUAGCUUAGGAUGUUCACGUUUAUGCUCUCACACAAUGCUAGCAACCAAAGGCUACAGAAAGCUUUUCAACACAGCAGCGAGACAAUCGAUAGGAAAAUAACAAAAGUUUUCAGAAUAAUUCCUGCAUUAACUCAUCGAUUUGUGAGACUUCCAAGUUCAUUCCAAACUCAUAUCAAAAUCGCGAUAGAUUCUCAUUUUAUGCCCUUCUUUCAGGGUCAGCAUCAGAUGCAGGAGUCCUUAGAUCUGCUGUUAGCAAAGGAUUUAUUGUGCCAGAGGGGAAGUUCUAUCUUGUAG